ACUUCUUCCUCCCUUCCUUGCCCACUUGCUAAUCUUUUAGCAAUGACGAUCUCCAGUCAAAUCUCAUCCAUAUACUUUUCCCCAUCAUUUCUUCAUUACUCUGUUUCCCCACCUCCCCAAACCCAUUCCCGCCCGCCGCCGGCGACCAAUGGAAGCCGGUGGGAAAUCAGAUGACAAAGCGAUUCGAACCCAUGAUGUGGUUCUCCAAAUCAGAAGCCCAGACUCUCGCCAGCAGCAGCAACUGUUCUUCCCCAGUCCGGAAAACAGAGAUCCUCUCCCUCCAACCAGCCCGCCGCAAGUAGCUUCGUUUCCUCCCACUCCCAGGAACAGCAACAAACCCAAUGCCGAGAUGAAUACACCGGAGUCGGAGGCUUCCACUCCAAGACUCAGAGUCCCCCACGCCUCCACUUUCCCCAAUUCUCCGGGGACGCCACCAUGGACGACGGCGAUUCCCUCCCCUGUUUCGAACCCAGCUCCAGCCAGUUCAAUCACAAGACGGAAGUCCCGGACAGGGCAAUCGGAGUUCAGCAGGCCGAAAUCAAGGCUCGUCGAGCCUCCGCCGCCGCUCGCGAGCGACGCGAUUCUCAAGGAAGCCAAGACGGGGGAGGCCGCGGCGAGCUCCGGUGGCUCGCCUUACAACAAGAAGUCCCCCCACCGCUCCAAUUACAAUAACAGCAGCGCGAUUUCUAGUGGGAAUGGGAGUUUGUCAAGAGGUACGGCGAAGCCGGCGACUCCGAUUACUCCCAGAACGCCGUUGAUUGGAUCUCCAGAGCGAGAUGAAGAGGAUGACGGCAAUGGGGUUUGCAAGACCGCGAACGUCGUCCAGGUGAAGAGCAGCAAGAUGGGUAACAAGUGGAAGGUAAUGGCGUUGCUUGAGACCACGGCGUUUUUUGCGAUAGUGGGGCUGUUGAUUGCUAGCUUGACAAUUCACAGGCUGCAGAAUUCCUACAUCUGGGGUUUGCAACUCUGGAAAUGGUUCGUUCUUGUUUUGGUAAUUCUCUGCGGUAGAUUGGUUACGGAAUGUUCGGUGAAUGUGUUGGUGUUCUUGGUGGAAAGGAAUUUCUUGCUCAAGAAGAAGGUUCUCUACUUUGUGUAUGGUUUGAAGAACAGUUUCCAGGUGUUGGUUUGGCUAGGGUUAGUACUUUUAGCUUGGGAGCUCUUGUUCACUCAUGGUGUUGAGAGAUCUCCAAGGACUGCAAGGGCUCUCAGUCGAAUGACUAGAGCCAUUGCCGGGUUUCUAGCCGCGGCUGGGAUUUGGCUGCUCAAGACUCUGUUGAUCAAGUUGGUGGCUUCCUCGUACCAUGUCAAUAGAUUCUUCGACAGAAUCCAGGAAUCCAUCUUCCAUCAGUAUGUUCUGAGGGCUCUCUCGGGUCCUCCGGUGAUGGAAAUGGCUGAGGCGAUUGGGAGCGGAGUUGGGACGCCAGGGCGGCUGAGCUUCAGGAGCAUAGACAAGGAGAAGGAAGAGAAGAAAGAGGAAGUGAUUGAUGUGGAUAAGCUGAAGAAACUGAAGCAUGAGAAGGUCUCUGCUUGGACCAUGAAAGGGUUGAUUGAUGUGGUUCUUGGCACCGGGUUGUCAACUCUUUCAAGCAUACUUGAAGACACUGAAGAAACUGAGGAGGAGUAUCAGCAGAAAGACUAUGAGAUUACCAGUGAGUGGGAAGCCAAACUCGCGGCGCAUAAGGUCUUCAGGAAUGUAGCCAAAACUGGCAGCAAGUACAUUGAAGAAGAAGACCUGCUCCGGUUCUUGAAAAAGGAAGAGGUGGACAAUUUCAUUCUCCUGUUCGAAGGAGGUUCAGCAACUGGGAAGAUCAAGAGAUCUGUUUUCUGGAAAUGGCUGGUCAAGGUGUACAAGGAGCGAAAAUCGUUGGCACAUUCGUUACACGAUACCAAAACUGCAAUCGAGGAGCUGAACAAGCUGGUUUCAACUAUUCUGGUUCUCUUGAUGAUUGUUGCGUGGCUACUAGUAAUGGGAUUCCUUUCAACUCAAGCUCUGCUCUUCAUUUCCUCGCAAAUCUUGCUAGUUGCAUUCAUGUUUGGGAACACCGCCAAGACAGUGUUCGAAGCCAUCGUGUUCGUGUUUGUGAUGCACCCCUUCGACGUGGGGGAUCGUUGUGUCGUCGAUGGAGUCCAGGCAAGAGCACUACAGAAUACAAAAACACACCUUAACCCCCUCCACGAAAAUAUAGUGCUGUUUUGCUAUACCCUCUAAGCAAUAUAACUCUCAUUUCCCUUCCCAUUGUCCUGCAGAUGGUCGUCGAAGAGAUGAACCUACUGACGACGGUGUUCCUGAGGUACGACAACGAGAAGAUAUUCUACCCCAACUCUGUCCUAGCAGGCAAACCCAUCAGCAACUUCUGCAGGAGCCCCGAGAUGAGCGAUGGGGUCGAGUUCGCUGUGGACGUUUCGACUUCGAUGGACGAGAUAGGGGCCGUGAAAGUGAGGAUCAAGGGUUACUUGGAGGGCAAGCCACAGCACUGGCGACCGGCACACAGCGUGCUGGUGUUGGGGAUUGAAAACAUGAACAAGAUGCGUAUGGGUUUGUACGUGAAUCACACCAUGAACUUCCAGAGCGGGGAGAGAGGGGGCAGGAUUUCCGAUCUGAUGGUGGAGAUGAAGAAGAUUUUCGAGGAGGUCGGGAUCAAAUACCAUCUGCCGCCGCAGGAAGUUCAUGUCAGGUACGUCGGAGGAUUAACAGCUAACGCUGCUGGUGCAGGGCCUUUGCCGCCGCCUCCAAGAUGACUGAGGAGGAGUGGAGGACCUCCCUCUGCAGCUCUCUCCUUGGUCUGUUCAUAUGGAUUUCUUGCUUCCUUUUUUUCUUCCUUCUGUAUCAUAGUCACAGGUUCCAAAGAUUUUGGCUUUUUAGUUUUUGAUUAUACAUCAGGCAAGUGGUACAUGUAUUUUUCUUCUUACAAAGAAUUGCUUACAAUGUAUAGUUCUCGCAAAGGGUUUUUCAUUUAUAAUACAAAC